AUGGGCACAAAGGUGCAAGACGUCAAAUUGGUGGACUACAAUUCUUCAUUCCAUCUUUAUGCCUCGGACAACCUCGGGAUGCUGCUCACUUCAUGUCUGCUUGAUGGGACAAACUAUGCGACAUGGUCCAGACCCAUGAAGAACGUUUUGAGAUCCAAGAACAAGUUGGGUUUCGUGAAUGGCGUAAUUAAAAAACCUAGCAAUGAAAAACCAGAAGCAAACUUGUGGGAAACAUGUAAUUCCAUGAUUAUACUAUGGAUAUUCAAUUCCCUUGACAAAACUUUGCAUAGCAUCAUAGCCUACGCCGAGACUGCAAGGGAAGUUUGGAUAGAUUUGGAGGAGCGUUUUGCUCAAGGCAGGGCUCCAAGGAUUUACCAGAUUAGAAGGGACAUCAGUCUUCUCAUCCAAGACGGACAAACUGUGUUGACAUACUACACAAAAUUAAAGGCGUUAUGGGAUGAAUUAAAUGAUCUUGACCCUUUACCAGAAUGUAAUUGUGUGGCCAGAUAA